GUCUGAUAGCCUUGAGUCAGAACGUUGUUCCACCACCUCUGAAGGAUUAGUGACCUAGAACGAGGAGAACACGAUGGAUCCAGUGAUACCAGCCGAUCAGUUAGGACCAAAAGUUCUGGAAGAAGUUUUCAAAUCAAUGUCACCCACAAAUCGGGGAAUUGCCAUUGGCAUCGCUAAUGAAACAUCCCAUCAGUGGAAUGCAAUGAAUGCAUACUUCUAUUCUGGUUCCCCCGGCCCAAAUGUCCUACCCGAGUUCGUGAAGAGCCAGGAAGCAAUUCUGUAUACGGCCACGAAACCAACUGGUCUACCAAGAGGAAGUGUGGGGGUGAUUACCUUCUUUAUCCCAGAUGACAACAUGACCGUAGCAGUCAUGUUCAGUGUACCAUUCGACCGCAAUUUGUUUGAAAACUGGUGGGAUGCCAAGGUUUAUCGCAAUAAGACAGAAGCUGACUACAAUGUGUGGUCUUUCAUGUAUUACAAUCACAAUCCCUUCCGAGGUGAUGACGGCUGGCAUGAGAAACAAAUAAGUGAAGGUUACCGCGUGAAGGGCAUCAUGACAAGCACAGGCCAAUGUAAGCUGCAGUUAAAGAUCUGGAAGCCGGAAUCUCUACAAACUGAAAUAACUGCGUGAAAGUCUUUUAGUUCUUUGUUCUAUUUUUUACUUAACAGUUUUUGUUUGGUUGCAAAGUUGGCGCUGCAGUAUUUUCGGAUAGAAUAAACAUUUUGGAAGUUGCAAAGCUGUACACUAAAGACGUUUGAAUUCAAAGUCGGAAUUUCUUUGGGUUUAAACUAUCGCGAUGAGUUUCUUAAUUGUGACUGUCUUGUCUGACCUCCAUUAGUAAACGUGCUUAAUUUGUCGACUGUUUUUGCCUUGGAACCACACUAAAAUUUUUGUCUUGGCCCACGCAGUCAAAGAUUACUUCGAUUGAUCGGAUGCAUUAACUAAAUUGUUGUUCAUUUUUGAGGUUCUGUUGGAGGUUUUUGGGUUCUGCCAACGAUUGUUCUAUCUUCCCAAGUCAGAUGGUUAGCAUGUCCAUGCAUGCCUAAAAAUAGUAAAUAAAAAAACGUGUUCUUUA